AUGCUGCGGCCGUACACGGACCACAUUCUCGCCCCCAAACACAUUAUCUCAACACUCGAGCACUUCCAAACACAAUCGAAAGAUCUCCAGAAGACAAUACCUUCCACUUCCAAAACCUCCAACAUAUCAGCAAAUACCAAUACAAUGGGCUUCAACCCAGACAAAGACAUCCCCAGCCUUGAAGGGAAGGUUAUCAUCGUGACGGGCGGCAACGCAGGCUUGGGCAAGGAGACGGUCACCCAGCUGGCGAGGCACAACCCAAAGGAAAUCUUCCUCGCCGCUCGCACAGCAUCGAAAGCCGAAUCCGCCAUUGAGGAAAUCAAGAAGACUGUGCCUGGCAGCAAUGUCUCCUUCCUGCAGCUCGACCUGUCAUCUCUGGAAGCCGUGAAGAAAGCAGCAGACGAGUUCAAGUCCCGAUCAGAUCGCCUUGACAUCCUCAUCAACAACGCUGGCAUCAUGGCGGUGCCAUGGGCAAAGACCGUCGACGGCUAUGAAAUCCAGUUUGGCACGUGCCAUAUGGGCCACGCGCUUCUGACCAGGCUUCUGAUGCCGACAAUGCUUAAGACCGCCGAGCAGCCCAACUCAGACGUUCGCGUGAUCAACCUCAGCUCCGAAGGUCACAAUAUGGCGCCUUGGAAUGGUAUCGUCUACGACCAAGCCGAGCUCGAGCGAUGGGGUACCUGGCGCCGCUACGGCCAGGCCAAGCUGGCCAACAUCCUCCACGCCCGGGAGCUGCAGCGCCGCAAACCUUCCAUCACCGCCACAGCCAUCCAUCCCGGCGUGAUCAUGACAGAUCUCUACACCUCUGUCAACUCGACCAGCUUCGUCAUGCGGAUGAGUACCGGCAUUAUGAAGAGCAUCUUCAUGGACGUGCCGCACGGAGCGCAUAACUCAUUGUGGGCUGCCACGGGGCCCAAGGGCACGGUCCGGACCAGCUAUUACUGGAAGCCGGUCGGCAGCAAGAGCGGUGGGAGCUUCUGGCAUGCUCAGAAGCCGAAGCUCGCGGAGGAGCUUUGGGAUUGGACUGAGAAGGAACUGGAAGGGAAGGGCUACUAA